AUGUCAACUCGUAGUUCAUCAACAGGUUGUGAUGAAUCAUCGACCGCGUCUCAAAAACAGACUAGUCGCGACCAAGUUUUAACUCCUACACCUGCUCCACCGGAAUGGAAAAUCUUGAAAACUCAAGUUGGUGGACAUAAGUUUGCUCAUGAAGAAAAUGAGCAACACCAGAAACUCGGAAUGGUUGACUUUGGCAAUGGCAUGGUAUUGAAGUCAUUACAGAAUCCUCCACGAGGAAUUCGUGAACUCAGCUUUUACCAAAGAGCCUUUGACCCCGACUGUGAUGAUGCAGAUAUUCUUGAAUUACGUCCAUUUCUUCCACCAUUUUAUGGAACUGAAGAGAAAGGAAGUGCAAAGUUCCUGAAACUAGCCAAUUUAACAAGUGGUUUUAAACAACCAUGUGUAAUUGACCUGAAGAUGGGUAAGGUCACUUACGAUCAGGAAGCAACCCCUGAAAAAAUUGAGCAUGAGGUGUCGAAGUAUCCUCCACUGAAGGAUUUAGGGUUUCAGAUCACUGGAAUGAUGAUUUACAAUCCUGAUACUCAGUCAGCUGAACAUUAUGGCCGCUCGUACUGCAGGAAUCUUGCAGCAGAAAACAUUGUUUCUGAAGGUUUAGGUCUUUUUUUCCGACUUAACAGCAAACACUCCAGAAGGGAUGCCAUUCCGCCAUUGAUAUCCCAACUCAAGAAACUUGAACACUGGUUCUUAAAACAGAAGAAAUUGUCUUUCAUUGCCAGUUCAUUGUUGAUUGUUUAUGAGGGGUCAGCCUCGGCUGAGAAGGAGGCUGGAGCCAUGGAAGAUGCAGAACUACUACAACGGAACGACAAGAAAAAUGUAGCUUUAUGUGAUAAGAGCACCAAUAAUUUGUUGAAUGUAGAUUCUCCUGCUAAUACUAAAAGUACUACUGCAGAUACUUUGGAUUGUAACUCAGACAGUGGACAUAUACAGAAAAGGAGUAGCAAUAAACCACUCAGUUUCACUGAUGAAACAGUGAAGAAAAUCAAGUUAAAUGAAACAGGUACAAAAAGUUCAGAUUUGACUCAACAUGAAAUCUCAACUGCAGAACAGUAUGCAGAUAAGAUUACUAACAGUACACCCAUGACAGAUAUUGAAGUUCAUCUGAUCGAUUUUGCUCAUGUUUUUCCUGCUAAUGAUAUUGAUCACAAUUUUCUCUUCGGAUUACAGAAAUUGAUAUCAUGUUUACAGACACUACUAAAAUAG